AUGGCCACCAACAGCAUCAAGAUCUUUGCCGGCAACUCCCACGUCGAGUUGGCCAAGCUCGUUGCUCGCCGUCUCGGAACCGAGCUUUCCAAGGCUGUUGUGCUCAAGUACUCGAACCAGGAGACCUCGGUCACCAUCGGAGAGUCUGUCCGUGACGAGGAUGUCUACAUUAUCCAGUCCGGAUGCGGAGAGAUCAACGACAACCUCAUGGAGCUCCUCAUCAUGAUCAACGCCUGCAAGACCGCCUCUGCUCGUCGCAUUACUGCCAUCAUUCCCUGCUUCCCCUACGCACGUCAGGACAAGAAGGACAAGUCCCGUGCUCCUAUCACCGCAAAGUUGAUCGCCAACAUGUUGACCGUUGCCGGUGCCAACCACGUCAUCACCAUGGAUCUUCACGCCUCCCAGAUCCAGGGUUUCUUCAACGUCCCCGUCGAUAACCUCUACGCGGAGCCCAGCACAUUGAAGUACAUUGUCGAGAACAUCCCUGAUUACAAGAACGGCGUCAUUGUCUCGCCCGAUGCCGGUGGAGCCAAGAGAGCUACUUCUAUUGCUGAUCGCCUCGACUUGGACUUUGCUUUGAUCCAUAAGGAGCGUAAGAAGGCCAACGAGGUUUCCAGGAUGGUGUUGGUCGGAGAUGUCAAGGGAAAGAUCGCCAUCUUGGUCGAUGAUAUGGCUGAUACUUGCGGUACCCUUGGAUUGGCCGCCAAGACCCUUGCUGAGAACGGUGCCAUCAAGGUCUAUGCCAUUGUCACGCAUGGUAUUCUCUGUGGCAAGGCUGUCCAGGUCAUUAACGACAGUGUUUUGACCAAGGUUGUUGUUACCAACACUGUUCCCCACGAGGACAAGAAGAAGGUCUGCCCCAAGUUGGAUACCAUUGACAUUUCUGGCACAUUGGCCGAGGCCAUCCGUCGUACACAUAACGGCGAGUCUGUCAGUUUCCUUUUUAACAAUGCCGUUUAA